UCUCAUGUGCUUAGAAUUAGAAACACUUUUUACUAAUUUUGGAGUUGCUAUGGCAAAACAAAGUCUCAUAAAGGAAGCUAAUGACCUACAAAGAUCAGCUCGCCACUUGAUGGGUCAAAUAAGUGCUGUGGAGAUUAGUGAGAUAUAUUUCAAUGCAGGGCUCAAGUACCUCCAUGGUGCUUACUUGUCAGAAAUUGAUCAACCCAAAGGCUCUUCACAAUUAGAAAAACUCAAAAUAUAUCAAAUUUACAAGAGUGCUUCAACCCUAUUUAAGUUAUGUGGUGAGAUCGGUGAAAAGCACAAGAGAGCUGAACUAUCUGCACUUGCUUUUAAAUGCAUGGAGGUCUCUCAAUUCAGAAUUGUCUACAAUAUACAAGAAUUUAAAAGCAUGAAGAUAAGGGAAGAGAGAAAGAUGACUUCAUCAGUAGAACAUCUGAAAUACAUCAAUUCUAAUCCCUUUGCUUUAAAAGAUCUUCUCAACACUGUGGAGGCCAUGGAUGUAGCUAUGGAUGCAUCAAGGAGAUCACAAAGUGCAAUGAGAGAAGUUUCUCAAAAGCGCAAAAGAAAUGAAAUUAAUGAAAUUUUGGAUUCAAUUAAAAACGUUUUGGAUUUUAGCUUCAAUGAUGUUCCUCACUUUUUGCCUGAGCUUCUUGUUGAUGCUAUACCAGGCCAACCACACACCAUAAAAACAUUUCUUUAA